CAAACAUACCAUUGUCGAGGAACAAUCAACGAUGCCUAAAUCUCCACGUCCAUUGUAACACCCAAGUACCCAACCACUAUUACAAUGCUAUAAAGUCUUCCAAACCGAGUUCAAGAAAAUGAGUAGACAUCAUCAUCGGAGUUACUGUUGCUUUUGCUAACCACCACCAACCACCGUGAUCAUGGAUGUCAAAGUCUCAAUCGCCACCAUCGUCUACCCUCAACACCAACCCUUCACCGUUGACCACAUCCUCCCUCUCUCCCACCUCGACACCGAUCGCAACAUGAACGUUCCAUUCCGUUACGUCCGAGCCUACGCCGCCGCCGACCAUCAAAAUGCCGACCCCUUUGAUGUCAUCACCGCCGCUCUCUCCACCGCCCUCGUCAAGUUCUAUCAAUACACCGGAUCUCUCCACCGCCGUCAAAGCGACGGCCGGUUUGAACUCCAUUGCAGUGUUGGUAGUGGAGUCUCAGUCAUUCCGGCCACUGUUGACUCCCCGUUGAGCUCUGUGAACUACCUUGAUGAUGCCGAUGAGGAAUUUAUUGAACUGUUGGUCCCGAACCCGGAUCAAGAAGCCCGGUUGACCCAUGUGUUGAUGUUACAGGUGACCCGGUUUAGUUGCGGCGGGUUUACUCUUGGUGCAGCGGUUCACCAUGUUCUUUGUGAUGGGAUUGGUGCCACGUUGUUUUUCAAUGCGAUGGCUGAGAUUGCUCGAGGUGAGAGUGAAUUGAAAGUUGAACCGGUUUGGGACCGGUCGAAGUUGCUUGGGCCGAGAGAACCGGCUAGGACGGAGUUUCCUAUUGAAGAGUUUUUGUCUUUGGAUAAGGAUUUCGUGCCGUAUUUGGGGUCGAAUGAAGAUGUGGUUAGAGAGAUUUGUAAUGUGAAAGAUGAGUGGUUGGACCGGUUUAAGAUUUUUUUACAAGAAAAGUCCGGUUCGAGCUUCACCACUUUUGAAGCUUUGGGUGCUGUUCUAUGGCAAGCAAGGGUGAAAGCCUCGAAGACUCCAACAAAGGAAGAGGUAAAAUUUGGUUAUGCAGUGAACAUAAGGAGGGUAAUUCAGCCACCACUACCCGCCGGCUACUGGGGCAACGGUUGCGUUCCUAUGUAUGCACAAACCACAGCGGGAGAUCUAAUUGAUAAACCCAUUUGGGAAACAGCCCAACUCAUCAAAAAGAGCAAGAGAAACGUGAGCGAUGAAUAUGUUCACUCGUUUAUCGAUUUCCAGGAACUAAAUUACGAAAAAGGGAUUAACGCCGGAAAAUGGGUAAGUGCGGUGACUGACUGGCGGCACUUGGGUCAUUCAACGGUUGACUUUGGGUGGGGUGGUCCGGUGACAGUUAUACCCUUGUCCAGAAACCUUCUUGGGAGUAGUGAACCGUGUUUUUUCUUGCCGUAUUCGGCAGCUACUCAGGGGAAGAAAGAUGGGUUUAAGGUGUUGUUAUAUAUUCAUAAGGAUGCGGUUGUUGGAUUUAGAGGGGAGAUGGAAAAGUUUGUGAAUAUGGAGUUUGCAUAGAUUUGUACUUGUAACGUGAGUGAA